GUUUGUUGGGAAUAGACCCAACCCCAUAGACGAUGAUAUCGAUAUGGACCUUAUCGAUCUCGAUAAUUAAAACUAUCGAUGAGGUUACAUCGUCAAGGAGUUUUGGUUGGCACUCUUCUUCUUGAAGUUUAGAAAAGUGGAUCGCCAGAUCAAGAUUGUGAAUUUUUUAUAAAUAAAAAGUUGACCGACAGAGUCAUUUUAACUUUGAAAUAAUAAUUAUUAAAGUGCUUUUUCUUUUGUGCAGACAACAAACUUACAUAAUAAUGAAUAUGGGCCAAGGUGAAGUCUGUCAGGUUUGCUACGGUAUUCAUCACCUGAGGAACUGUCCCGCUUUUCAAGUGAUGACGGUGGAGCAAAGAGAGAGUGUGGUAUUGGCUCGCAGAUACUGCAAGAACUGCCUCGGACGGAACCACGUAGCGAGAUUUUGUUCCUGGCCAGGGACAUGUCGUAUGUGUGGUUCUCGGCACAAUACGAUGCUGCAUCGUCCUGUAGUGGCAGGUCUAAUUGACAGUGGCAUAGGGUUUGCCAGGUAUCACCCGUAUGCCAAUCAAAGAGCGCAGCAAACCCAACAGCAACAACAAAUUCUUGCUCAACUGCAGACACGGCACGCGCACACUGUCACUGAAACUGCACCAAAGCAAAAAAAGCGGAAGCAGCAUGAGAACAAACAACAGAUUGGUGUGCAGAAAACACAAACAAACAACAAACAUCGGCGAGAUAAAACAAUCAAAAAACAGAAUAAAAAACAAAAUCAACAUGCCGCACAACAGCCACAGCAACAGCCCGGAGAAAGAAAAAGGGAAGAAAAACCUUUACUGCAGCAACCAGAGAUGAUGGACAGGUUCCUGAGCGUGCUCGAAAAAAUAGCAACGGCUUUAACGGUUGCACCAGUGCAAGGGGCCCGGCAUGUUGGGAAUAGACCCAACCCCAUAGACGAUGAUAUCGAUAUGGACCUUAUCGAUCUCGAUAAUUAAAACUAUCGAUGAGGUUACAUCGUC